AAAAUCAAAAAACCUAAAAAUUUAAAUAAAAUACAAAGUUGAAAAGCAGAAAUUUAAAAUAAAAGUUUUUGGCGUCUACUCACCCCUCAGUUUCUUUCUGGUCGUUGUGUCUCACAUUUCCGAGAAUUGGCAGUUAAUUUAAAAGAACCACGAGAGGUGCGCGAAUAAAGAGAUAAACGGCUCAGCGUAAAACAGAUACAAAAAAAAACGAAACGUAUGCCAACAAUAAAAAUAAAAACAAAGUGAAAAAACAAAAUCGCCGUGUGUGUGUUUGUAGAAAAAAGUAUGCAAAUUAAAAAAAAUGCCGGCUGCGUGUGUAUGUGUGUGAUUUAGCCAUGCGAACGAGUUUCCAAUCGCAUACCAGAAACGUCAAAAAUUAUUGAAAACCAACGCAGACCGUAUGUGCGAUAUUUAAAUCAGAUUUACCACACGCGCUUAUAGCUAUUUUAUAUUUGCCACUGGAAACCAUUUUGAAAGCGCACAAAAUUCUAUUCAUGAAUUAAUUAAUGAGCGUAAAUGCAAUUUAAUUUAAAUCAAUUUGCCGCGUAGUGAUUUAGUGUUUCAAAAAAAAAAAUAAUAAAUAAUAAUAGUAAAUAAAUUGUUAGUGAGCGAAACCGGCUGAAAUUGUAUCCUCCGUGUGGGCGCCUGUGCGAAGCAAGUGAAAAAGUUUAAAAAUUUAAAUUCAACGCGUAUUGCUAAAUUAUUCAAUUAAUUUGUUUGCUUUCCGUGUUUAUAUUCGUUCGUUUGGUGCGUUUUUGUAUGAGUUCGCGAAAUUCGAGUAGUGGUAACGGCUUUUUAUGGCACAUCGGGCACUCAUUGCACAAGCGUAGCGAGAAGAAAAUGAAAACAAUUUCAUGAUACUAUAAGUGGUCUGAAUCAGUGAUACUAAACUAUUUGAGAAUGCCGUCGACACCGUACGAUUUGGUGCAGGACGAUCAGGAUUUGCGUGUGCCGUUGCAUGCCGAGCAGGCCUUUUUCCAUGGCAUCACAUUUCAAGCUAAGUUCGUCGGCUGGGAGGAGGUUUCACGUCCAAAUACUCGCGCCGAAAUCGUGCAGGCCAUGCGUCGUAUACGGAAAAAGAACUGGACAAAUGACGCGGAAGAAAUCGAACUACUCAAUCAUCCCAUCUAUAGAAUUUUCUAUGUGUCACACGAUAGCAGCGAUCUCAAAAUAUUUAGCUAUAUUGCACGAGAUGCCAGCACAGACACAUUUAAAUGCUCCGUUUUCAAAAGUCAUAAAAAGUCACAAGCGAUGCGUAUUGUACGCACCGUCGGUCAGGCCUUUGAAGUAUGUCACAAAUUUAAUCUUCAUAAGAAUUCCUUGGAUCACAACGACGAACGCUCAGAUGUCUCAUCCGAGUUACUCGAUGUAGAACGCAUUUCGGUACAACAACUGACUGAUGACGAGCUGGAUAAAAAAGAGCCGUUGACCGCAGUGACGGACAUAAAGCCACCGCAAAGACCGAAUCAUCUGGAAUUGGUGCCACACACCAGUUCGAAUAUGCGCAAGUCACCCAGUUUGUUGACCGCUGAAGAAGACAAAUCACCCACAACACCGCCUUCGCCCAGUCAUGAGAUCAGCAAGCUAAAGGAUCAAUUGGAGCAGCAGGCCAUCCAAACGCGUCAAGCAUUGGCACAGCUGAUGUUGGUGCGCGAGCAGCUUAUAUCGGAAACAAAUGCGCGCAUCGAGGCUCAGGCACGCACACAGCAACUGCUGCAGCAGAAUCGCGAGCUGCUCGAGCAUCUGGCAUCAUUGGGCGCCUACAACGAACAGCAGAGCGCCGGACUGACUUCGGCCAAUAUCGGCAUGGCACCGCAGCUGCAAAUGUUAUUGCAAGCUACCGGCAACAACAACAACUUGGCCACCAUCAAUCAACAAAUCAACAGCCUUGGCUCCAUCAACCAACAGCUAACAUCGCUCAGUCAUCAGCUGAGUGGUUUGAAUCAGCAAAGUCAGAAUAUACAAAACUUCCAGAAUAUCAACGCCGCAGCGGCGGCUGCUGCGCAACAGCAACAACAACAACAACAGCCCUCACCGCCGCCCGUCAGCCAGCAGCAGCAGCUGACGCCACCCUGUUCGGCUGCCUCGUUGCAGCAGUCGCAGUUGCACUUGAAUAUCGCCACCGCGGCGAACACCAACAAUGGCAACAACACCAACAACAACAGCAUUAAUAACAAUAACGCCUGCGGCGGCGGCGGCGGCAGCAGCAGUCCAUUCCCUACAAUGAAUCAAUUGCAGAGCAUAAGCAAUCAGCUACAACAACUCAAUGCGCAAGCGACGCAGUCGCAACAGGAUGCGUUGUCGAAGGACCUCUUCCAAGUCAAUCAGGAGCUGUUGAAUCGGCUGCAGGCGCUGAAUUUGGGUGCCAGUAAUACGAACGCCUUGACGCUCAACACCGGCGCGCCCAUGGCCAGCGCCCAGCAGACGCCAUCGCCGCGCAAUUCAUUCUUCUUCGUUAACCCGAUGUCGGUCAGUCCAGCGAACAACAACAAUAACGCGGGUAAUUUCAAUUUUCUCAGCUCGCCAGGCGCGCUGUCGGGUCAGCUGACGCCAUCGCCCAUGAGCACGCUCGCACGCAACUCAUUCGCGCACAGCCCGCAGCUGCAGCAACAACAACACGACGUGGAUGCAUUACAACAACAGCUGAGCAGCAUCGAUCAGAACUUGAAUAACCUAAUCGAUGAACAAUUGAUGCAGCCACUCGGCGGUUCGAUAAUGUCGACGUCCUCCAAUGGCAAUAUAGCCGCCGGCAGUCCCUCGGGCACGCGCGAAUCCAGUCGCUCCUCGUCGACACUGGACUCGGCGUCACCAUCAUCGCCGCGCACACGUACCGGUGGCAUCGCAAACAACAACAAUGAGCCACGCUUCAACACCGUCAUGCUGAAAGUGACCGACGAAGCGGGUAAUGUGACAAAUCAGCGCAAGCUUUCAGCCACACCGAGCUUCAUACAGCGCAGCACAAGCGAAAAAGUGCCGAAUCGCAGUCAAAUUAUGAGUCAAGUGCAACGAACAGCCUGGGCGCGUCACACCACCAAAUAACAGUCGGCCGUUGGUGGUGGUGGUGGUGGUGUUGGUGAAGAGAGCGUUAUGGAUGCCGUCUUAAUAGAAAUCUAGUUGAGCAUAAGUUGGGCGGGUAGCUGUAGCACAGCGUUGUGGAUUGUGCUGCAACAGUGGUAAAUAACGGUUUUUAUAAAUAAAACUCUAAAGCUAUUAUAUUUACGGAAGAAACGGCUUAAAUAAGGCGUUAGUAUAUAUAUUAGGGUGGUCCAAAAAAAAUAUAAAUAUACAUAAUUUUUCCUCUUUUUUAUAAAUUUAUAGGGUUGAAAUAGUUUAUAAAUAUGUGGCAUUAGUAUGAAUCUUAGGGUGAUCCUAAA